UCGCGCAGAAGGCAAAUGGUAUUGCCACCGGUUCGAACCGAACCCAUGGCAAUAAUAAUUAAGGCCACCGGUUUUAAACCGGUGGCAAUAUUUGAAUAAUUAAAAAAAUCGCACCCCUUCUUCUUCUCUUUCCCCAUUCUCUAUACUUAGCUUCACUUUUAUAUUGCGACCAAACCUCCAAUUCAAGCCGCAGAAACAACGCAUCCAAACCCUACCACCACACACGCCACCAGUGACGCCACAGCUACCGCACCACCAUCCACCACCUCCGAACUCCCUCCAAACCUCCUCCACCACUGAGCAAAGCAGCAAGUAGCCACGGGUUUUAUAUUAUUCGAAUUUUCGGGGGAACUUCCUCCACCACUGACCAGGUGCGUGGUCCGUCCACCACCUGUCAGCACUGACGCCAUAGCCACCGCACCACCAUCCCACAGCCACCGCACCACCAUCCCACAGCCACGCACCGUCCGAAAUUGAGGCAUAAUUUUCUGGUAAUUUUUUCUGAAUUUCUGGGUUUUUUUUUGUUGUUGGUAGGGUUAAAACUUGAGAGAAUGCAUCUUAAACUUGCAAGAAAUUGAUUAAUUGUUCAUGAAUUAGGUUAUUUUUUUGAUUUUUCUGGGUUUUUUUGUUGUUGGUAGGGUUAAAAUUUUAGAGAAUGCAUCUUUAGAAAUCAAGAAAUUGAUUUAUUGUGUGUAUCUUUAGAAUGUAAGAAAUUGAUUAAUUGUUCAUGAAUUUAUUGUAUAAUUGAAAAUAUAUUUUGAAUAAUUUUUUUAUUUCUUUCACUGUAUUAUUAUUAUUAUCAUUUUGUUGUUGUUGCUUAAUUUUUGGUUAAUUAUAGUAUGAAUUAUUGAACUGUUUUGGAGUUAGAUUGAGGAGUAAUCCGUUUUAGAUUACAUUACAUAAUGAUUUUCCUAAUGCUUUUAGGAAAUAUAUGGAUUAUGGAGUAUGAUAUGAUAUGUUGGAGUGAUGUUAAAUUGAUAGGUUUUAUUAGGAAAUUUUGAAUAAAUUAGAGAUUAUUAGUAACCUUGUUACUUAAAUAGUUGAAUUUGGUAGUAUAUUGUUGUUUUAAUUUCUUUUAUAUUAUUAUUAUUAUUAUCAAUUUGUUGUUGUUGCUUAAUUUUUGGUUAAUUGUAGUAUGAAUUGAAUUAUUUUGGAGUUAGAUUGAGGAGUAAUAAUCCGUUUUAGAUUACAUUACUUCCUAAUGCUUUUAGGAAAUAUAUGGAUUAUGGAGUAUAAUUUGAUAUGUUGGAGUGGUGUUAAAUUGAUUGUUAGGUUUUAUUAGGAAAUUUUGAAUAAAUUAGAGAUUAUUAGUAACCUUGUUACUUAAUUAGUUGAAGUUGGUAGUAUGUUUAAAUGUGUAAUUUUAGGUUGUUUUAUAGUUCUUGACAAAAUUACUAACUUUUAUUUUUUGUUUUAUUUUUUAUUUUUGUAGAUUCAUAUUAUUUAGUGAACCACAAGUUUAUUAUCUUUUCAAGUGGGAAGUUCGAGACAUUACAUCCAUUAUACUUGCUAUAUUGGUGUUUAUAACUCAUGGAGGACGAUUAUGACCCACUAGUAGAGGAUUUGGAGGAUGAUGAUGAUGGCUAUGAGGAUGAGGAUGAGGAUGAGGAUGAGGACAAGGAUGAGCCAUAUGAUUUCAACAAGGAGACUGAUUUGGGUGAGCCAGAAGAUCAGGAACAAGAUGCUUUUGAGCGCAGGCUUGAUGAAUUUGAAAUUUCAGCUGAAUGUGCGCCUCCUAUUGAUUCUACAAUUGUUGAGAUUGUUGGUGAGAACACUAUUCCUCAAACUCAAAGCCAAGGACAGGAGCAAUUGAACACAGGUGGUGGAGUGGGGGUAAAGGCACCAGCUAAGAGAAAGGGUAGGGGUCAACAACAAGUUUUAAGAAGCCAACCGGUCCCAUGGUGUUAGAGUAUGACAAAAGAGGCCGACC